CGAGACGGCUUUUCCUUUAAAGUCGUGGUCUCGAGAGGACGCAAUGGGUCGUUACUCCCACGAGCCGGUCAACCAGACCAAGUCGUGCAAAGCGCGCGGCUCCAAUCUUCGCGUGCACUUCAAGAACACCCAUGAGGCUGCACGUGCUAUCAAAAGUAUGGCCCUGCGCAGGGCGCAGAAGUACCUGAAGAACGUCAUCGAGCACAAGGAGUGCGUUCCUUUCCGCAGGUUCAACGGCGGCGUCGGCAGGUGCGCUCAAGCUAAACAGUUUGGCACCACGCAAGGUCGUUGGCCCAAAAAGUCUGCAGAAUUUCUGCUGCAGCUUUUAAAGAAUGCAGAGAGCAAUGCUGAUUACAGGGGACUCGACGUGGAUCGCCUUGUAAUCGAGCAUAUUCAAGUAAAUCAUGCGCCUUGUCUUCGUAGAAGAACAUACAGAGCUCAUGGUCGUAUAAAUCCUUACAUGAGCUCGCCAUGUCACAUUGAAGUGAUACUGACAGAGAAGGAGGAUGUUGUCGCGAAAGCUACAGAGGAAGAGCCGUCAAAAAAGAAACUUAGCAAAAAGAAGCUCGCUAGACAAAAGGAGAAGAUGAUGAGGGAAUAAUUUCAUACCUUAUAUGGACGUAUACCGUGAAUAUACCGUUAAAAAUAGAGA